GGGAAGGAGAAGAUAAUUUGACCUAUUUUCGCUGUAUGAAGAAGAUUGGUGGAACCGUCAAAAUCAGAGUUGGCGAGUUGUCUACUACGCUCCAGCAAGUGAUAACCCAAACCAGUGGCAGCGAGCCUGAGCAUAGGGAAGGGCAGCAGCGAUGGAGGACCCGGCGGCCAAACCAAAGGGAGUGGUGAAGCACGUCUUGCUAGCCAAGUUCAAAGAUGGCGUCUCGCAAGAUCAGAUCGCUCAGCUCAUCAAAGGCUACGCGAAACUCGUCCAUCUCAUCGAACCUAUGAAGGCUUUCCACUGGGGAACGGACAUCAGCAUUGAGAACUUACAUCAAGGUUUCACUCAUGUUUUUGAGUCGACCUUCGAGAGCGAGGAAGGCAUUGCAGAGUACGUUGCUCAUCCAGCCCAUGUUGAAUUCGCAAGCAUAUUUGUUCCUUCUUUGGAGAAGAUCAUUGUUGUCGACUAUAAACCCGUACCUGUCCAGCUCUAAGCAACACAGGUAUUGCGGAUCUGGAGUGAAUUGGCACAGCUAAGUCUCUAUAAUUAAGCGGCAUUGUCUCAACUUUUACCUCUCUUGGAGGACUAUGAACGACCCUCUUGGUGAUGUCUUAUAAUGAAUGUUUUGUGUAUUUCCUUUUGAUGAUCCAUUAUAGGGUGUGAUUGAUGAUAGCUCCCAAGUUAGACCCCAGUGUGUUUGUUGCCUUUAUUUGUGCUUGAUAAGUCUCUUAAAGUCUAUUGGGAAAAAAAAGCCAAUUUACUUCUUCAA